ACGAACCGAGAAACUUACCUGCCAAAGUUUGUCAACUCUCACGAUCGGAAGUUAUGUCUUGACUAUCGCUUACAACGGAUCGCUGCAAACAUACGGCACUAUGGGUUUCUUGCGAAAGUCCUACCGCAAUGGAGACAACGAUCGUCGAUACCUCGCAGCAACUCACUUCGAGCCUACAGGAGCCCGUAUGGUGUUUCCCUGUUACGACGAGCCGGCGUUUAGAACGACCUUCAGCGUAUCGAUAACUCAUCACUCGAGCUAUAAUGCAGUGUCCAACAUGCCGCAGAAUGGAUCCGUAGUCGUGGAUUUGAAAGAUCCUAGCUUUGUUACUACCAGUUUCAUGACAUCUCUCAAUAUGUCGACUUACCUGUUGGCCUUUGUCGUAUCGGACUUCGAAACACGAUAUUCAGGUCAACAGCAAAUUCAUGCAAAACCAAACGCCAUCGACGAUACCGAAUUUGCACUAGACUCCGGAGUUCUAAUUUUACAGAAGUUGAGCGAGUACACCGGAAUUUCGUAUUAUGACUACCAACCGAAGAUGGCCCAGAUUGCCGUUCCCGAAUGGUUCAGUGGAGCGAUGGAGAAUUGGGGUUUGGUAACCUACAGAGAAGCGGGUCUUUUGUUCAACGCAGAUGUGAAUACGUAUCGUGUAAAGAUCGAAGUCACUACGACGAUUGCGCACGAAUACACUCACCAGUGGUUCGGUAAUCUGGUCGCUACCGAUUGGUCGUACCUUUGGCUAAAGGAAGGUUUUGCCACCCUGUUCGGUUACUACGGAGCUCAGUUGGCAUACACCAACGAGCAGUACAUGGACCUGUUCCAGAUCCAAAGUCUCCAUCCGGCGUUGGCACAAGAUUCCAAAUAUACAACGAGAUCCAUGAACUGGUACGCAAACACACCCGCAGACAUUUCCAGACUUUUCGAUGUUGUGGCUUACGAAAAGGCCGCUAGCGUUUUGAACAUGUUCCGUGCAGUCUUCGGAGACGGUAACUGGCAACGAGGUUUGAACGCGUACCUGCAGAAGCACGCACUUGGCGUCGCAACACCGGAAGAUCUGUACGAUGCACUUCAAAGCGCAGCCAUUCAUACAAGCUCGAUGACAGUAAAACAGAUCAUGGAAACCUGGACCAAUGCGGCUGGCUACCCUGUGCUCAACGUACGGCGAAACUAUCAAACCAAAACGGUGAUCAUUUCCCAGGCUUGGUUCCUGUCGGAUAGGAAGCUACCGACGGAUCAUGUAUGGUACAUUCCCUACAAUGUUGCCGAACAAAAGCAUGAAGAUUUUGAGUUGAAUAGCUUCAACUGGUUAACUAAGAAAGCAGAUACUGUUCUCGUUAAUGCCGAACCCGAUCAGUGGAUUAUCUUCAAUCGACAACAGUUUGGACUGUACCGUGUUAACUACGAUACUCGAAACUGGGAACUAAUCACUCAUGCUAUGAUCAUCAAUCCGGAAAGUAUCCAUCCCUUCAACCGAGCGCAGCUGAUCGACGAUGCCUUCAAUUUGGCUCGCGCUGAUCUACUAGACUUCAACGUUGUGCUACGCCUGCUAACGGCCCUGACCUAUGACUCGGAUUACCUACCAUGGGCCGCUGCAGACAAAGUUUUAUCCUAUGUGCACGGUAAGAUCCGUGGAGCCGAUCAACAAAAUCAAUUCGAGCACUAUGUAAACAGGCUGAUUGGUAACAUCUUCCCUACGCUACGUAUUGAUUCCGUUGAGUCCGUCGAGACGGUGAAGGAGAAACACUUCAGACAAAUGAUCUCUACGUGGGCCUGCAGAAUUGGUCGUUCCGACUGUCUAGACAAAGUACAGGCAACGUUCAAAGUAGCAGUGCACGAUGGCAUCAGCGUCCAUCCGGAUACUGCAUCGGUAGUGUAUAGCUAUGGUGUACAACACGCUACGGAUGACGAAUUCCUGUGGCUAUACAGACGGAUGUUCAACUCGUUCAACGAAGCUGAACGCUCACUGAUCAUCAACGCGCUUGGCUACUCGCAGAGCAAGACUCAACUGAAGGCUUUCCUGACUUCGUCGAUCGGUGCUGGUGUUGGUGUGGAGGUCAACUACAACGACAUGGAACGUACUCAGGUUCUACAGGCCGUUUAUUCGGCCAGUCGUGUCGGAGUUGAUGCGUUGAUUGACUUCCUAGACAAUUGGGAUAUAGCCGACGACUUGAUCUACUGGCUGGAGAAACGGGCAUUCACCGAUGCCAUUGCAAACAUAGCGAUGAGAACGAAUACUGAACAGCAAUUUGAUCGAUUGAAGCAGUUGCUGAAGACGGUUGGUUCAUUGGCCCAAAACCAGGUAGUCAACGCUGCCAUGGCAACCGUCAAGGCUAACCUGGAUUGGUAUGAUAGCUUGGAAGCGGUGAUCGUUGCUCAGUUUCUUGAGAAUUAUGCGUAA